AAACAGUUGUGUGCUACCAACUGUCAAAUGCACCAAAAGCUAUAAUUUUCAUCAAAUUUCAGCAUGUUUGCUCUUGCCACCACAAAAAUAACUCAAAAUUUAGUAGACCAGUUUGAUCCUGAAACACUUGCAUCAAUGCUUAUAAUAAUUGAACAACAGUGCGGUGUGAAAAUAAGCAAAUCGAAAAGUACUUUCAAUGUUACAGGAUCUUGGGGUGACUUGAAAAAUGCCCAUGAAUUAUUGAAAAAGCUCGUUCAAACUCCAUGUGCAGAAUCAAUCAAAACAGAACAAUUAGAUCAAAUUGUUUACUCUUCCAGUAAUGAGAAAUAUAUUCAAGUCAAAGGCAAUCCCAAAAGGGGUCGUUUCAAAGAUAAGAAACUUACAGAUGGCAAUGUUCCAGAACCGGAUAUGUUUAUUUGUUAUCAGGAUCAGGAGUAUGACAAUGCCAGCUGCCUUGAUAUAACAAAAGUAAUCAGUAACUUUGAAAAGACAUCGGAGAAACCAGUAUCCAAAGAGUCACUGUUAGAUAUUUUGCAGACAAGGAACAAAACUAAACAUCAGUCCAAAGAUAUUCCAGAAUCAGAUCAACUAGAAGAUAUUGGGAAGUCAAAUACAGAUAAUCAUAACUUGUCUUGUGAUGAAAUUUCUAAGCAAACAAGUGAACCUAGAACCAAUUUUUCGAGCAUUCUAACAAGUAGUAAUAUUACUGAUGUCAGUGCAGAAGUUUCUGAUGAACUGGAUAUUGGUGAAUACAAACCAGAGAUAGAGGAAAGUCCCAUUCCUAGCACUGUAAGGAAUGAAGAAUUAUCCUCUGUUUGUACACAUAUAAAAGAAGAAGUUGUUGAAAUAUCAGUUGAAAGUUGUACCACAGAGCAAACUACAGAGACAAGGGACAUCAGUGGACAUGUGAAUUACCAAACAGAGCAUCCAACUGCUUGUUCAAGCCCUACAACCCAUGUCAGCAAUGGGUCAUUGAGCGAAGAAAGAAAAGAUAAUCAUUCUCUUGAUUUGGAAAAGGUUGAGAUUGAUAAUCCAAGCAAGCUUUUGAGGACGAGAGGAACUGCUAAGAUACGCAGAGAUAGCAAGGUAAAGCCGAGCAAAAACAGAGGUAAGGCCAGUGUGUUACAAGCAGAUGAAGUCAAGGAAGCCAAAAUUGUAGCCACAAAAACACCUAAAAGCAAACAUUUUGCAGAUAAAAGGAAGAAAACAAUCCAAAAGAAACCUGCAAGUGAAAAAAAUAACAGGGGAACUUUGAAAGCCACAUUGACAAAACAAAAACCAAGUGCAGUUAAAGAUGAUAGUGAAAUAACUGUAUACAAAUGUUCAGAAUGUGAUUACCAAGGUACAAAAAGAAAGCGCCUUACUGAGCAUAUGGGGCGGGUACACGGACUUCUGACCGAGGCUUGUAAGGGUUCGCAGUUACAGUCAAACUUCUCGUGUGAUCAGUGUGAGAAGGUGUUUGUUUUCGGCAAAGAUCUGAGUCGUCACAAGAGGAUUGUACACCAUGCAGAGAGGUUUCAUUGUGAAGUAUGCGGGAAAACUUACAAGGCCAGAUAUGUGUUUGAUAGACACAUGGCUACACAUGCAGAUGGGUAUGUCCAACCCAUGUUUAAAUGUGAGGUUUGUAAUCGAGAGUUCACCACCAAGUUUUCCUUGGGUAACCACAUUAAGUCAGCUCAUCUCGACAUGAAGAAGACGUAUAGUUGUCCGACUUGUGGCCGGACAUUCAGCCAGAUUCGUUCCUAUCGGCAACAUGCAAAUGUUCACGCAGGUAUCCGUCCAUAUGUCUGCGAGAUAUGUGACAAAAGCUUCACCUAUGACAAGUCACUAAAGGAGCACAGAUAUAUGCACGACCAAGUACGUCGGUUCUCGUGCCAGCAGUGUGGGAAGGCGUUCCGUCAGAAGACGUGCCUUAUCAUUCACCAGAAAGUUCAUUCUAACAAGAAAGAGAAUGUGUGUAGGUUCUGUGGAAGGGCUUUCUCUCAGAAGCAAUCCCUGCUUCGUCAUGAACGCAUACAUACAGGUGACAAGCCUUACCAGUGUCGUCUCUGCCAGAGGGAGUUCAGUGAUGCAGCCGUUGUUCGAAAGCACAUUCUCAUGGUUCACAAAUGUGACAAGGAUGGGUGGAAACAACACAUUAUCAAGACAGAUGGGCCAAUCUCGGAUCACUACAUAGAAGGAGGUCCUGGAUACAGACAUAAUUCAACAGUUUCGUCGAACACUAUGAUUGGAGAUUCAGAUUCCUCAGAGGAUAUGACUGGUGGGAAUACUUCGGUAGAAGGGAACAUCCUUUCUUCAGAACAGAAAAAGCUUUUUGAUGGUAAUUUUAUCAAAGACGAUGGUCAGACUCUAGAAGUUUCAAGUGAUGGGGCACCGCUACUUAGAGAUUAUAAUAGCAGCUCUGCCUUUAAAACUCCAUCGAGUUCAGCAAGCUCAUUAGGGGCUGACACAGUUCAAGACUCUAUAUCAAGUGAACCUUUUAUGGUGAAAAGGGAACCAGUGAUUGGAACAUUGGAUUCAUCAGUUUCAUCUUUGACAGGAAUUUCAUUAGGAACACACAGCUAUCCAGCUCAAAGCACAGUCACACUCGCAAGAAACUAUCCCGACAGUUUUGUUAAUAUGAGUUAUAGUGCUAAUGGAAACAUUUCUAGCACCCAUUUAUCUCAGCAUUUUAAUACCAAUGAGAUUCAAUUAUCUGACCAUUUCAAUACCAAUGGCAGUAGAGCUUUCUUGAAUUCAUCAAUUUCACUUUCGUCAUCAGAAAUUCCAGGGAGCUUAUUGUCUGACACUCCAAUAAACUUGCCUGUCAAUAUUCCAUCUGGUGUUGCCAUGGAAACUGACAGUGAAGCAUAUGCCAACUAUUCCCAACAGUCAUCUGUUGCCAUGGUAACAGCAUCUAGUGAAUCUUCUGGUGUUCAACAGUGGAAUCAGCUGGGAUAUCCUGAUAUGUAUUAUUACAAUUCUCACUAUCCUCAGAAUGAUACCAAAAACUGACAAAAUCUGCAAUGCUUAUGCCAUUAAAAAUGAUGGAACCUUAUUUGAGAUGUUUAAUGGUUUAUGUGUUCACAGUUUCUCUUGCUACAUGUGUCCGAAUUACCAAGACGACAUGUCGCGUGCAAGGCACAUGUCCCUACCUCUAAGGUCAAUGUCACGCUAAUUGUUUGUUUACUAUAAAAUGCUGCAUAUAAGGACAUUGUCCUGUCCCUGAUAUAACUUUCUCAUGUAUGGACGGAUUUUAUGAGAACUUGCAAAAUGUGUUUGACAUAUCAAGACAACGUGUCACGGGUGAUUACCAUGUCCUUACCUAUAGAUCUAUCUGUAUGUGCGUCCGGCUAAAUUCCUUUUUUAUCCACACAUUUCAUUUCUAGUUUUUCCCUUUCUAAAUGACCUUUGAAUCACACUUGGCACCACUUCGGGGGCAUUCGUCACCUUCAGGAACAGCAUUUGUUCAUAAUGUAACGAAAAUGUGUGGUUAUGCUUUUAUACAAGUCAUGCUCAAUAAAAGUUAUUGGAUACAAGAUAGAACAGCACAGGGAGUGUGAAAUGUCAACAUGAGACAGUUUAGGCUCAAAUGCGCAGUAGUCAAAAUUAACACAAGCCCUGCACUGAUAAAAAUGUCAUCUGGGCUUGCUAAAAUUCUGAAUUUGUAUAAAAGGGCUUGUUCGAAAAAUUGAUGCCAGGCAAUAGUAUAAAAAUUCAGGCUUGUUUAUCCAAAAGUCUAAUUUCAAUGACUGAUGUGUAAAUUGUGUUAUCUAAAUAAUUCGUUUGGAAAUGAACAGGUCCAUGGUUUAUUUGUCAAAGUAGUUGACAUCAAAUUCAUCUCAGACGUUCACACAUCCAUUUUAGUGAGAAUAUAUUUGUAAACAUGUGUUCUUAUUAUAAAUGAAUGAUCUAUGUAUAAUGUAUAUUGCUUGUCUUUCGGUUUCCAUGCACAUAACACCCAGAUAAUUACAAAUGUAAGUUUAUAAACUUAAGUACCAAUGAAAUUUGGAGCCAAGUUUCAUGUUCCGAAGUCAAUCUGCUGUUGUUGCUCACAAAGAAACAAUAUUCAGAGUGUAUCAUACUUGCUAUGUGAUGAUAAUCAAUUAAAGCACAUUAUAUUUCAUUCAAUAGGGAUAUUUUUAUUUCACCUAGUUGCCUGUAGCUCGCAGCCAAACAUGGGUUUAGCCAAGUUUUGACACCCACAAAGGGUGUGGAUGAAUGAAGUAUGUCAUCCAUUUGCAAUUGUUAUUUUCAUUCAAUCUUAUUUAAUGAAACUUGGUUAGAAUAUUGGUCAUU